GCGGCCGGGCCGGCGGCGCGGGAAGAUGGCGGCCGGGAUCCGGGAGAAGCAGACAGUGGCUUUGAAACGUAUGCUGAACUUCAAUGUUCCUCCUGUUAAAAACAGCGCAGGAGAACCAGUAUGGAAGGUUCUCAUUUAUGAUAGAUUUGGCCAAGACAUAAUCUCACCUUUGCUGUCAGUGAAAGAGCUGAGAGAUAUGGGGAUCACUUUGCAUCUCCUUUUGCAUUCAGAUCGGGAUGCUAUUCCAGAUGUUCCUGCUGUUUACUUUGUAAUGCCAACAGAAGAAAAUAUUGACAGAAUGUGCCAGGAUCUUCGAAACCAGCUUUAUGAAUCUUAUUAUUUAAACUUUAUUUCUGCCAUUUCAAGAAGUAAACUGGAAGAUAUUGCAAAUGCUGCUAUAGGUGCUAAUGCAGUAACUCAAGUGGCUAAGGUGUUUGAUCAAUAUCUUAAUUUUAUUACUUUAGAAGAUGACAUGUUUAUAUUGUGUAACCAAAACAAAGAACUUGUUUCAUAUCGUGCCAUUAACCGACCAGAUAUAACAGACACAGAGAUGGAAACUAUAAUGGACACUAUUGUUGAUAGUCUCUUCUGUUUUUUUGUUACACUUGGCGCUAUUCCUAUAAUCAGAUGCUCCAGAGGAACUGCAGCUGAAAUGGUGGCAGUGAAAUUGGAUAAGAAGCUCAGAGAGAAUCUAAGAGAUGCCAGAAACAGUCUUUUUACAGGUGACACACUUGGAGCUGGCCAGUUCAGCUUCCAAAGGCCCCUAUUAGUCCUUGUUGACAGAAACAUAGAUUUAGCAACUCCUCUACAUCAUACUUGGACAUACCAAGCUUUAGUGCAUGAUGUUCUGGAUUUCCAUUUGAAUAGAGUUAACUUGGAAGAAUCAACAGGAACAGAAAGUUCUCCAGCAGGUGCUAGACCUAAGAAAAAAAAUAAGAAGUCCUAUGAUUUAACUUCAUCUGAUAAAUUCUGGCAAAAGCAUAAGGGCAGUCCUUUUCCAGAGGUGGCAGAGUCUGUUCAGCAAGAACUGGAAUCUUACAGAGCCCAAGAAGAUGAAGUCAAAAGACUUAAAAGUAUCAUGGGUAUAGAAGGGGAGGAUGAAGGAGCAAUAAGUAUGCUUUCAGAUAAUACAGCCAAGCUAACUUCAGCUGUCAGCUCUCUUCCAGAACUUCUGGAAAAGAAGAGGCUCAUUGAUCUUCAUACAAAUGUUGCAACAGCAGUUUUGGAGCACAUAAAGAGUCGAAAGCUGGAUGUGUAUUUUGAAUAUGAAGAAAAAAUAAUGAGCAAAUCCACUCUGGAUAAGUCUCUUCUAGACAUGAUUUCUGACCCAGAUGCGGGAACUCCAGAAGACAAAAUGCGAUUAUUUCUCAUCUAUUAUAUAAGCUCAGCUCAGGCACCUUCAGAGAUUGAUUUGGAGCAGUAUAAAAAAGCAUUGACGGAUGCAGGUUGUAAUCUUGCUCCUUUGAGCUACAUAAAACAAUGGAAGGCUUUCACUAAGAUGGCUUCAGCUCCAACCAGCUAUGGAAACACUGCGCCUAAACCAUUGGGUCUGUUUUCACGUGUUAUGAAUACAGGAUCACAGUUUGUGAUGGAAGGAGUGAAGAACUUGGUACUGAAGCAACAAAAUCUGCCAGUCACACGUAUUUUGGAUAACCUUAUGGAGAUGAAGUCAAACCCUGAGACAGAUGACUACCGGUAUUUUGACCCCAAGAUGCUACGAGGCAGUGACAGCUCAGUUCCAAGAAAUAAAAAUCCAUUCCAGGAGGCCAUAGUGUUUGUAGUUGGAGGAGGCAACUAUAUUGAAUAUCAAAAUCUUAUUGACUACAUAAAGGGUAAACAAGGCAAACAUGUCCUGUAUGGCUGCAGYGAACUUUUUAAUGCGACACAGUUUAUAAAACAGCUGUCCCAACUUGGCCAGAAAUAAGACUGAAACACCACUACCUGUAUGGCAACGUGACAAGAGAGAAUUGUUAUAACAUUCAGAUAUCUUCAUAUCUUUAAUUUUGUCAUUAUAUUAAAACUUAAACCCAUUUCAUUAAUAUGAUAACUUUUAAAAAAAUCUGUAAUUAAUACCAUGUAUAUCAGCAUUUCAGAAAUAAAACUUAAAAUCUGUAUUUUUGGUGGGGGUCACUUUCACAUUAUUACAUUUUAAUUGCAGUAUUAGCUAUGGUAUAUGACAGAACUGGCUGAAAAGUAUGGCAUUUUCAAGUUCUURUAUGUAAGUUUCUGACACAGUGGACAGGGCUAUAGCUUUAAGAAAAGGUCAAGUCUGUCUUUAGAAGUUAUGUUCUUCUUGAAAGUCAGAAUAUUUUUAUUUAACAAAAUUCAAAAGAAUAGAACUGCCUUUCUGGACCACAGACAAACAGCCUUAGUGCAAGGGAACUACUUUUAGUUCUUACCCUUUURUUUUACCAAAGUCAUUAUUUGAUAUGUGCAGUCUUUGCAUUAUGGUCGAAAGAUGUACUGGAAGAUAAUUUCAGUACAAGUUUCUGGUACAGUAAUUUAGUCUUUCUCUUAAGAGAAAAUUGCUUGCCAACACAGUCACAGUUUCAAACUGUGAAACUGAAAUCUCUAAUACUUUUCUUCUGCACUUUUUAUUGUAACUACUUGGACU